GGAGAAUUCCGAGGGACCGGACUUGUGCGGACGUUGCCACGGCCUCCGCCUCCUCCUCUUGCUCCUCUGGAGAAGAGCGCAUGAUGGCGGCAGCGGCCGCCCCGGCCGUGGUGGUGGAGGUGAGCCUGAGCAGCACCGCGAGUAGCAGCAGCGACACUUCCAGCACCGGCGAGGAGGAGAGGAUGAGGCGCCUCUUCCAGACCUGCGACGGCGACGGCGACGGCUUUAUCAGCAGGAAUGACUUGCUGAUGGUUUGCCGCCAACUGAACAUGGAGGAGUCUGUGGCUGAGAUCAUGCAUCAACUUGGCGCAGAUGAAAGUGGGAAGAUUUCCUUUCAGGAAUUCACACGAUGUCGCAUGCAGCUUGUGCGAGAAAUCAGGAAGGAAGAAGUGGAACUCUCUGUGAAAUCAGAUGACUCUUGCAAAAAGAAAACAUUAAGGGAUAGAAUAGCUUCCUGGCCAACAAGCAGCAAUAACAGUUUGGGUACCCUAUCAGGAGCUAGAGAAAGUUGGGAAUACGAUUCUGGAGCUAGAGACCUUCAGAGCCCUGACUUGCACUGUCGUUCAACUCUGCAGAAGUUCUUGGACUAUGGAGGCAAUGCCAUGAAUCAACAAGUUGCAAUGCAGAGACUUCUUACACAAGCUUCCAAUUUUAGUAAUUCAGUUGGAGGAAGUUACCUGGAACUUGCCAACACUCUCCACUUAGCAGCACUGGCAUCUCUGAAAGGAGACAUAGUUGAACUUAACAAACGCCUACAGCACACCGAACGUGAAAGGGAUUCGUUGGAAAAGAAAUUGGCAAAGGCACAGUGUGAACAGUCCCACCUAAUGAGAGAGCACGAAGAUGUGCAAGAGCGGACGACGCUUCGCUACGAAGAGCGGAUCACGGAGCUCCACAGCAUUAUCGCAGAACUAAAUAAGAAAAUCGACCGACUUCAAGGAACUACUAUAAGGGAAGAAGAUGAGUAUUCAGAACUGCGAUCAGAACUUAGUCAUAGUCAACAUGAGGUCAAUGAAGAUUCACACAGCUUGGAUCAAGAUCAAACUUCUGUUUCAGUCCCAGAGAACCAGUCUACUAUGGUCACAGCUGACAUGGAUACCUGUAGUGACUUGAACUCCGAACUGCAGAGAGUGCUGACGGGACUGGAGAAUGUUGUCUGUGGGAGGAAGAAGAGCAGCUGCAGUCUGUCUGUGGCAGAUGUGGACAGACACAUUGAACAGCUCACCACUGCCAGUGAACACUGUGAUUUAGCCAUUAAGACAGUCGAAGAGAUUGAAGGUGUGCUCGGGAGGGACCUGUAUCCCAACCUGGCUGAAGAGAGGUCUCGCUGGGAAAAGGAACUCGCGGGCUUGAGGGAAGAGAACGAGAGCCUUACGGCAAUGCUGUGCAGCAAGGAGGAGGAGCUAAACAGGACGAAGGCCACCAUGAAUGCCAUCCGGGAGGAACGAGACAGAUUGCGCAGAAGGGUUCGAGAACUGCAGACACGUUUACAAAGUGUCCAGGCAACUGGCCCAUCAAGUCCCGGCCGUCUUACUCCUGCCAACCGUCCCAUUAACCCUAGCACUGGAGAACUGAGCACCAGCAGCAGCAGUAAUGACAUCCCCAUUGCCAAGAUAGCUGAACGAGUAAAGCUCUCAAAGACGAGAUCGGAAUCUUCAACAUCUGACCGUCCUGUCCUGGGAUCUGAAAUCAGCAGCAUAGGGGUUUCCAGUAGUGUAGCGGAACACUUAGCCCACUCUCUCCAAGACUGUUCCAACAUCCAAGAAAUUUUCCAGACCCUCUACUCGCAUGGAUCUGCUAUCUCUGAAAGCAAAAUCCGAGAAUUUGAAGUGGAAACUGAGCGGUUAAACAGCCGCAUUGAGCAUUUAAAAUCUCAGAAUGAUUUAUUGACAAUAACUCUGGAAGAGUGCAAGAGUAAUGCGGAGAGGAUGAGCAUGCUGGUUGGAAAAUAUGAAUCCAACGCCACAGCCCUGAAGCUCGCCUUGCAAUACAGUGAACAGUGCAUUGAAGCCUAUGAGCUGCUGUUGGCAUUGGCAGAAAGUGAACAGUCCCUCAUUCUUGGGCAAUUCAGAGCUGCAGGUGUCGGGUCUGUUGGGGACCAAACAGGUGAUGAAAACAUCACUCAGAUGCUUAAAAGGGCUCAUGACUGCAGGAAGACAGCUGAGAACGCAGCCAAAGCCCUGCUGAUGAAAUUGGACGGUAGCUGCGGUGGAGCGUUUGCAGUCACCGGCUGCAGCGUGCAGCCCUGGGAGAGCCUGUCAUCCAAUAGCCACACCAGCACUACUAGUUCGACAGCAAGUAGCUGCGAUACAGACUUCACAAAGGAGGAUGAGCAAAGGCUGAAGGACUACAUUCAGCAGCUGAAGAACGACAGGGCAGCUGUCAAGCUGACCAUGUUGGAGUUGGAGAGCAUCCAUAUCGAUCCCCUCAGCUAUGAUGUCAAGCCUCGUGGAGACAGCCAAAGGCUGGAUCUAGAAAAUGCUGUACUCAUGCAGGAACUCAUGGCAAUGAAGGAGGAAAUGGCAGAGCUGAAGGCACAGCUGUACCUGCUAGAAAAAGAGAAGAAGGCUCUGGAGCUGAAGCUGAGCAGUCGGGAAGCUCAAGAACAGGCAUACCUAGUCCACAUCGAGCACCUGAAAUCGGAAGUGGAAGAACAAAAGGAGCAGAGGAUGAGGUCCCUAAGCUCAGCUAGUAGCAGCAGCAAAGACAAGUCAAGUAAGGAAUGCACAGAUGGCACCACGGCAUCUUUAACGCUAGCUGAGUUGAAACCCUACAGUGAAAGUGAACUGACUACAGAACUGGCAAAUGCACUUAGGCGAGAAAAGAAGCUGAAAGGCAGAGUGCAGGAGUUGGUGAGUGCCUUAGAAAGACUGACAAAGAGCAGUGAAAUCCGGCACCAGCAGUCUGCAGAGUUCGUCAAUGACCUGAAAAGAGCAAACAGUAACCUUGUGGCUGCCUAUGAGAAAGCAAAGAAGAAGCAUCAAAACAAGCUGAAGAAACUGGAAUCCCAAAUGAUGGCAAUGGUUGAAAGGCACGAGACCCAAGUGAGAAUGCUCAAACAAAGAAUUGCCUUGCUAGAAGAGGAGAACUCGAGGCCCCAUACCAAUGAAACGUCACUUUAAGUAGAGGGGGAAGAUUUUUAUUUUUAAUUUUGAAAAGAAUCCAUGUGCGUUGCAUAUUUGUCUCCUUGAAAGAUUCAUUUAGGUGGCGAACACACAGGAGGAUCUGGGAAAGGUGGAGGUCAGUGCCUCAAAAAGAGGAGUUAUGACUUUGGCAAUAUACAGCCAUCUGGAGGAGCCAAAAAAUUAAGUGAGGCUUUGGGUGGCUGUGCAUAUCAGACAGUGCCUGAUGGUUAACGUAUCCAUUUAUCAAGGUUCUAUGUAAUUUUUUUUAUUCACAAAAUUUCUCUUUUUCUUCCUCCAAAUUGUUACUGGCACGUACACUCUACUGCUCUUAUGCAUUUUUUGAGGGAAUGUUUAAAGGCCAUGGGACAGGUAGCUUUCCUUUGAAUGGGUAGCAAUUCUCUCCAUCCCAUCCAUCCCCUCUAGCUCCUUCUCUCCAGUAAAAAUGCUCAGACACUUCUUACUAAGGGGAGAGCCAGACAUUUAUUCAUAGUUAGCCUCUGGCCACAGAUUAAGCCCAAGCAAACAUUACCAUAGCCCUGCAAGACACAUCUAAGGAAGAAGCAUUGUGACUCGUUCCUCUCCAGGAGACUGGAGCCGACCAGCUCUGUGUGUGUGUAGCUAGUGCUGCCAAGUGAGAUUUUAAAUGGGAAGUGGUAUUUCAAAAGGAAGAGGCAAUUCAAAUGAGCUUUGAGUAUGCUGACCCAGUGCCUGACACCCUCCAUCUAGCAGGAGGGAACUAUGCCGCUUGAACCUCUUCUAGACAUACCAGCAGAAUCAAAGCAGGCAAUCCAACUGUUUUUCCGAUCCAGGUAGAGGUGGUACAGAAUUGUACAUCCCUCC